GAUUGAGACAAGGUAUUUGAGCAAGUGUUUUGGAAACGAACCAGUCUUGAUGGGGCGACCCCAUUAAUGGUGAUAAAGCGCUCUGGAGUGUCCCCACAGUCUGUGGAGGGUCCGGGACGAAGUUUCUUGGUGAGCAAUUUUUGGAGAUGCGGGGCAUGGCAAGAUGUAACCGAACCGACGCUGUCUCAAUCAUCCAAAUAUAUACCCUUAGCUGCAAGUACCUGUGUGAAUUUGUAAACUUACGAUCUCGGACAAGGCAGGAGAACAAUGAUUUGGAAUUUCUAGGGAUUCAUCAUCAUCACCAAUGUCUCUAUCCCCUGCAUACUCCGCUGUUAACCUCUAUUGCAGCGAGGUUGCCGACGAAGUGGUGGACCUCUCUGACCGCAUUCCCUUUCCAAAUUUGGAUUCAUCAACCGAUGAUGAGAGCUUUAUUCUUGGUCUUUUUGAUUCUGAGCUUGAUCAAAUGCUGUGUUCUGAACGGUUACCGGUUCUUCCGGAAGGUGUCCGAGCUCGCCAAGAUGCUGUCAACUGGAUGUUGAAGGUGGUCACUCCCACUGCCUACAUAUAUGCAUGUGUUUAUAAUGAAUUAUUGUGUAGUUUUGUUUUGUUUGAUUCAUUAUAUAAGAUUUUUCAGGUGCAUUCUCACUACAAUUUCAGACCCGAAACGGCUUAUCUAUCAGUGACCUAUCUGGAUCGCUUCCUCUGCACUUAUGAUCUUCCUCAGGGGAAGGAAUGGUCCUUGCAGCUGCUAUCAGUGGCAUGCAUAGCCGUAGCUGCAAAAAUGGAGGAAAGGAGUGUUCCACUUCUAUUAGACUUGCAGGUGAUGGAACCCAGAUUCCUCUUCACAGCCAUGACAGUCCAACAAAUGGAGCUCCUGGUCAUGGCCGUCCUCAAAUGGCGAUUGAGUACCGUUACCCCAUUCAGUUUUGUCAAUUACUUCAUUUCAAAAUUCCCCUGUUUCUCCUCCCAAUUUCAUAGUUCCAGCAAUGUUUCGGAUCUCAUUCUCGCCUCCUGCCGAGUGACGGAUCACUUGGAUUUUCUGCCAUCCUCAAUAGCUGCGGCUUCUCUGCUUUGGGUGGCCGGUAAAAACGUGGACGAUCAGAUAUUGGAACACUUCCACAAACGAGUCAACAAAGAAAUGGUAAAAAGAUGUCACUAUCUUAUCAAGCAGAGCAUGUGUUCGAUGGUGCGUGUCAAAAGACAAAGAUUGGAGCCAGGGCCACCAAGUCCAGACGGCGUGCUUGAUGCAGAUAUUAGUAAGAAUUGUGAUGUGCUCAAAUGUGGUGGUGAGGACUCAAAGUCGAGUCAGGACUAGACACCCAAAAAGCACAAAAAAAUUGAUGGUGGGUUGCGACUUGCGAGUAUAUCGUUUGCGUGUGGUCAAUUGUUUUCCCAAAAGGCCCGAGUAAGGAGUAUAUUAUUUGAUAGGAAGUGCUUUUCUGUGUGUGUGUCGCUGCAUUGAAGUAGUUUGUGUAUAAGAACGUUACAGAUUGAGACAAUAAUGAUGUUUGAUACUCCUCACUUAUGUCACACAACAAGUGGGGGAAAAACACUUUUUAAAGGAAUGUCAACAUAUUUGAUCAAUUU